AUGAUACAAGACUACCAUUUACAACUUUUACAUGCUGGUACUCAAGUUCUUUUGACCAAUAUUCGUCAAAAAAUUUGGAUAAUAAAAGGAAGAAAAACAGUACAAGGAGUCAUAUCGAAGUGCGUUCGGUGCAAGAGACACUCGGCGAAAGCUCUUGAUACAGUGCCUUGUCCUCUCCCAGAAGAUCGAGUCAGAGAUGCUUAUGCAUUUGAGGUGACAGGUGUUGAUGUAGCAGGACCACUUUAUUUAAAAGAAAAUAGAAAAGCUUGGAUGUUGCUUUUUACUUGUGGAGUUUAUCGUGCAGUUCAUUUAGAAUUAAUUGAAAGCUUAUCGACUAACGGAUUUAGAAGAUUCAUAGCACGAAGAGGACGGCCUAGAGUAGUAUACAGCGAUAAUGGCACAAAUUUUGUAGGGGCAAGGAAUUUGCUCCGAUCUGUUGACUGGAACCAAAUUAUCAGAAGUUCUUCGAUAAUGAAAAUUCAGUGGAAGUUAAAUCCACCAACCGCAGCAUGGUGGGGCGGCUGGUGGGAGAGACUGGUUCAGAUGAUCAAAAAAUUAUUUAGAAGAGUCGUGGGGAAAAGCAUUACUUUCAUAUGA